AAGUAGACCCGUAAAGCAAGACCAACCAGGCUCUCUCCACACUUCACACAGUUUCCUGCUCUACAAUUUGGAAGCCAUUUUGUAACUACACCCUUGGAAAGUUUACUUUUUUGCAUCCUCCCUCUCUUUUUGGUUUUGGUCUAUUGCUGGCUUUUGGACUUUCUCCUCAGUGGAUCGCUUUCCUGGGAGGAAGGAGGGGGACGCGGGCAGCCUGACUCAGAGACCGGCUCCCUUACUCCUCUAGCUGUUCCUCGAUCACAGACUUCACUCUCCAGAAGAGAACCGAGCGAGCAGGACGCCAGAGUGAAGAGGAACAGUGAGGUUCUCUUUCUGGUUUGGCCGUUUUGCUGCCCUCAGGGGAGGGGAUAGCGGUGGGGAGUGGGUGGCAGAUGAGGACAGAGAGAAGCAGCACGGUGACUUCUCACAUCCUCUCUCUGCCGCUCCAGUCGUCCCAUUGUCUCUGCCUCGCUCCCUCUGCUGCUCCACUUGCCUCCAGGUGAAGGGAUGGCCAAUGUCAGCCCCUGCCUCUCCUCCGCUCCCUUCAAUGGCCAGCUCUUCUUCCCGCCUGGCAGCCCCUCUCCCCCGGGGUCCAUCGUGGGGCCACAGGGGACCCCCAUCGCCACUGCUGCCUUCCCCCUGCCCGGGGGUUUGUCCAUGGAAACCGGGGUGGCUGCGGGACCUGGGGGGUUUGGGACUUCUCUGGCGACCCCUGCCCCGGCUGGCGUGUCCUUCAUCAUCCAGAUCGGGUUGACCCGGGAGUCAGUGCUGCUGCCCCAGUCCGCUGACCUGGCCUAUGUCAAACAGAUCGCCUGCUCCAUCGUGGACCAGAAGUUCCCAGAGUGCGGCUUCUAUGGGAUCUAUGACAAGAUCCUGCUGUUCAAGCACGACACAGGCACCAACAACAUCCUGCAGAUGGUCAAAGGUGCCUCUGACAUCCAUGAGGGGGACCUCAUCGAAGUGGUGCUGUCAGCGGCUGCCACAUUCGAGGACUUCCAGAUCCGGCCCCACGCCCUGAACGUGCACUCGUACCGUGCUCCUGCCUUCUGCGACCACUGUGGGGAGAUGCUGUUCGGCCUGGUGAGGCAGGGCCUCAAGUGUGAUGGCUGUGGGCUGAACUACCACAAGCGCUGUGCCUUUAGCAUACCCAACAACUGCAGCGGGGCACGCAAAAGGCGCCUGUCCACCACCUCGUUGAACAGUAGCCAGUCUCUCCGGCUAUGCAACACUGAGUCCCUGUCCAGCACACUCACAGAGGACACCACCCUGCCUCGGACCCCCAGCGAGGUAUCCCGGAACCCCAGUGAGGCACGGCGUUUAUAUUCGGGACGUCCUAUCCACCUGGACAAGAUCCUGAUGACCAAAGUGAAGGUUCCCCACACCUUCGUCGUGCACUCCUACACUCGGCCCACGGUGUGUCAGUACUGCAAGAGACUGCUGAGGGGGCUCUUCCGUCAAGGGCUGCAGUGUAAAGACUGCAAGUUUAACUGUCACAAGCGCUGUGCGUACAAAGUACCCAAUGACUGUCUGGGAGAGGCCAUCAUAAAUGGAGAUAUGCUGAGCCCCAGUGUGGACCCAGAGCCAAUGGACUGCACAAGCGAAUUGGGAGAUGGCGACAAGUCCUCCCUUAUGGACGACUUAGACGACACCUGCAGCAUACCAGGGUCCUUCUCCCUGAACACCUUUCCUGACAGCAGCCAAGCUGGGGCCAGCGAGGACCAGAGCUCCACGGGCUACAUCCCGCUGAUGCGCGUAGUGCAGUCGGUGAGACAGACCACUCGCCGCUCCAGCACGGCCAUCAAAGAGGGCUGGAUGGUGCACUACAGCAACAAGGACACUCUGAGGAAGCGGCACUAUUGGCGCCUGGACAGUAAGUGCAUCAUCCUCUUCCAGAACGACACCACCAACAGGUACUACAAGGAGAUCCCCCUGUCAGAAGUCCUGGAGGUGUGUCCUGCCAGCGACUUCACCCUUGUCCCACCUGGGACCAGCCCCCACUGUUUUGAAAUUAUCACUGCCACCAUUUGCUACUUUGUGGGUGAGGACCCUGUCCCCUUUCCCGCCUCAUCCCCCACAUCCACAUCCCCUCCUGACGUUACUGCCUCCCAUGGCAUUGCUCCAAGCAGUGGGGUGGGGCAGGACAUAGCCAAGGCAUGGGAAAACGCCAUUCGCCAGGCCCUCAUGCCCAUCAUCUUCCAGGAUGCGCCUGCAGCCCACGGGCACAUAACCCACAGGCAGGCAUCUGUGAGCAUCUCCGUCUCCAACAGUCAGAUUCAGGAGAACGUGGACAUUGCUGCAGUCUAUCAGAUCUUUGCGGACGAGGUACUUGGCUCUGGGCAGUUUGGGGUGGUAUAUGGAGGGAAGCACAGGAAGUCGGGACGUGACGUGGCAGUCAAAGUGAUCGACAAACUGCGUUUCCCCACCAAGCAGGAGAGCCAGCUGAGGAACGAGGUUGCCAUCCUGCAGAGUCUGCGUCACCUGGGCAUCGUGAACCUGGAGUGCAUGUUCGAGACGCCAGAGAAGGUGUUUGUGGUGAUGGAGAAGCUGCAUGGAGACAUGCUGGAGAUGAUCCUAUCCAGUGAGAAGGGCAGGCUGCCAGAACGCCUCACCAAGUUCCUCAUCACACAGAUCCUCGCUGCCCUGCGGCACCUCCACUUCAAGAACAUUGUUCACUGUGACCUGAAGCCUGAGAACGUGCUGCUGGCCUCGGCUGAGCCCUUCCCUCAGGUGAAGCUGUGUGACUUCGGCUUUGCCCGAAUCAUCGGGGAGAAGUCGUUCCGGCGCUCGGUGGUAGGGACCCCGGCCUACCUGGCCCCCGAGGUGCUACUGAACCAGGGCUACAACCGCUCGCUGGACAUGUGGUCCGUGGGCGUCAUCAUGUACGUCAGCCUGAGCGGCACCUUCCCCUUCAAUGAGGAUGAGGACAUCAAUGACCAGAUCCACAACGCCGCCUUCAUGUACCCGCCCAACCCCUGGAAGCACAUAUCCCCUGAGGCUAUCGACCUGAUCAACAACCUGCUACAGGUGAAGAUGAGGAAGAGAUAUAGUGUGGACAAGAGUCUCAGCCAUGCCUGGCUCCAGGACUACCAGACGUGGCUGGACCUGCGAGGGCUGGAGUGCAGGUUGAACGAGCGCUACAUCACCCACGAGAGCGACGACCACCGUUGGCAGCUUUACUCCCAGGAACACACGCUGCCCUACCCCGCCCACCUGGUGCCCCCGCCUGCCGCCCCUGACCAUUACGACGAGGGAGGUGGUGACUCCGAAAUGCAGGGCUUGGCAGAAGGGGUCAGCAUCCUCUGAGGCCACAUCCAACCCUGUGGCAGGGAGAGACAGAGGAGGAUGGGGUGGGUCUAAUGUGCCAGUGGGUAUGGUUCAAGGAAGAACAUGGGUAGAAGGGGUUGGUCAAAGAUGCCACUGGGUGGAGCUUGUGUAGGAACAGGGGAAGGGAAGAGCUUGUCAUUGAACACCCCCAUCCCUCCAGGAGCAAAAAUUCAACUCCCUCAUUACGUCUCAUCACAUCUGUACUUGGUCAACUUAGCUCAAUGACCUUCGCACCCUCUGAAGCAAGGGAGCCUCCCACUCCUUAGACUCCCUAUGGUGAUGGAGAAAUGAGGAGCAAGGCCCUGUAUUCCUGUCAUUUUAGGACAGUACACAACAGCACGGACUUAAACCCAGCAUCACCUCAUAUGGCAUUCUACACAUAUGGCAGUCUUCACAACAGAUGAAGGAACCAUCACUGUCAGUCUAACCUUCGCUGCCUAGAGAGGGGAGCAUAGCUACUUUUGCCAAGCUGAAGAUGGGAACACAAACCGAAGUAGAACCCAAACCUGUAACUUUCAUAUGGAUUACAAGAGUUUCCCUAUUACCUGCACAACAGUCUUCCUGUGAUGUUGAAAGAAGAACAUUUACCUUGUACCUUGAUCAAUUUCUCAAAUGUGAUUGGCUCAUUUACCAAUCAACUGGAGGGCCAUAGUUAGUAAUCUCGACAUAUCACAUAAUAUAUCAAAAUGGGCAGGGUUUGUCAUCUAAUGCCACCAAAUGCAAGCAACUAAUGCAAUUACUAGAAGAGAACCAUCACAUGGUUCUGAUACC